AUGAAACUCAGGCGAUUCUUACUGCGGUACUAUCCUCCUGAGUACGAGCAAGGAGGGACCACAAAGACGAAAUCCUUGGAUCUGCUCGAUUUGACCUUCAAGUGCGUCGUGAAGUUUAUUACAGGUUAUCGUACUAGGAGUAACACAGAUGAGAUACUGAAUGAGAUUUGUGAGAAAGAGGCGCUUGUAACAGAGAAAAGAAAGCCCCAAGUAUAUGAAUUGAUUGAACGACUGAAAGCCAAACUAGUCAAAGUGGAUAAGACAAAAUUUGGUGCAUACCAGGUAUUGCGUGCUCACAUUUUACCGCUGACCAAUGUGGCCUUUAACAAAAGUGGCAGUCAUUUUAUCACGGGCUCUUACGACCGAACAUGCAAAAUCUGGCAAACAGAAUCCGGUGAGGAGGUUCAUACAUUGGAAGGUCACAGGAACGUGGUUUACGCAAUCGCAUUUAAUCUCCCCUUCUCUGACAAAAUCGCUACGGGUUCGUUCGACAAAACCGCCCGCUUAUGGAGUGCAGAAACUGGGGAGUGCCACCAUGUGUUUCAGUCACAUUCGGCGGAAGUGGUCUGCUUACAGUUCAAUCCGGUUAGCACCAUUCUGGCAACUGGUGGUAUGGACACGUUAGCAAAAUUAUGGGAUAUAGAAACAGGUACGGAACUGGCAAGCUUGAGUGGUCACACUGCAGAAGUGAUCGCCCUUCAAUUUUCCCAAGGCUCAUCGGUUUCGUCGGAAGGAGACAGUGGCGGUUAUAGUGAUACAGUUUGCGGAGCUGGAGCCGGACGUUUGAUGCUCACCGGAAGCUUUGAUCACACAGUUUCUCUAUGGGAUGUUCGUUCUGGUGAGAGAACCCAUCACUUAAUAGGGCAUGCCGCUGAAGUUGCUGCGGCCGCGUUCAGCUUUGACGCCAGCCUCGUUACUACAGCCUCCAUGGACAAGACAGUACGCGUCUGGGACACUCGGACUGGUCGACAGUUGCACGUCCUUACAGGUCACCUGGACGAAGUACUGGAUGUUACUUUUGACGCCAGUGGACGACGCUUAGUUAGUGCCAGUGCGGACAGUACAUCACGCGUCUGGGAUCUGCGUGGCAGUGGUCCAAAUAGAGGCUACCGUGAAAUCGCUCACCUUACAGGACACGAUGGCGAAGUCAGCAAAGUCUGCUUUAACUCCCGUGGAACACUGGUACUGACCGCCAGCGCCGAUAAGACUGCCCGUCUGUGGGAUGCCGAAACUGGACAACUGAAAGAUAUUCUUGUAGGACACACAGAUGAAGUGUUCAGCUGUGCGUUUAAUUACGAAGGCGAUACGAUAAUAACAGGGUCCAAGGAUAACACUUGCAGAAUUUGGCGUUAAAUUUCGUUUGUUAGUCGCCUGAAACCCCGGUACCACUCUCCUACCAUUUCGUCACUUUGUUGGUCUGCAUUCCAAUAUCUUGAACCUGCCGUUACCGUGUUAUGUAUUCCGGUGUGACUUAUUGUUUCCUUUAACUUUCGUCUGUAUAUAUAUCGGAAUGUG